AUGUCUUACAUAAGUAGUAGUUUUGCAUACAGUUUUAUGAAUAUUUCCGUAUAAGAAGUCAUGCAAAAACCGACACAUUAGCACACCCUGGAAAAUUCGUGGUUGAAAGCCAACGGGUAUUAAUGCCCGUCAUCACGCGUCUAACAACUCAGUGCAUUUUGUACUGGAGCUCAGAACAGUCGUUUAUCCUUGUGUGUAGGAUCCGUGAACUAAGCAUUGAGGAAGGAACACAAACGUGAUCUCAGUUGCAAAUCAGAUGUGCACUGUGUGCAGCCAUUGUGAUGUGCACGCCCAAUGAAAUCAAGUUGCGAUACAAGACCAUGAACCCUGCUCACAGUACAUACGUGACCUGAUCGGGACUGCACUAGAUCACUGGGAACCUGAACCAUAGGAAAAAAUGUAUGUCAAAUCUGUCUGCGUUUUGUGUCUGGUUUUGGCGACCGCGUUGGCAGCCAGCGAUGACACUCCUGUAGUUACGACGAGCCAGGGUCGCAUCAUCGGUACGAGGCUCGAGUUCAGCCCCACGGACCCCGAGCAAGUUGGCCGUAGCGUGGACGCCUACCUCGGUAUACCGUACGCUGAAGCUCCCGUGGGUCCGCUACGCUUCAAACCUCCCGUAGCCAAGUCAUGGAGCGGGGAGUUACAAGCUACCAAGCUCGGCAACCGCUGUCCGCAGCCCAUGCCCAUGGCUUCGUUGGGCGAAAUGGCUUUGUCUGGUCCCUUCAAUGAGGAUUGUCUUUGCGUUGAUGUGUUCGUCCCCCAACCUCUGCCUUCAGAUGCAGCCGUUCUUGUCUACAUCCAUGGAGGGUCUUACAUCAAUGGAGCUGGCAUUAUGGCGGAAAUGUAUCCAACACCAAUUGCUGCUGUGGGUGACGUCAUUGUCGUCACAAUGAAUUAUCGACUCGGCCCUUUUGGCUUCCUUUCGACAAAUGAUGAAGUCAUCCCAGGUAACAUGGGACUAUUGGAUCAACGUCUUGCCCUGGAAUGGGUCAGAGACAAUAUCAAAGCUUUCGGCGGUGAUCCUGAGCGAGUUGCCAUCUUUGGUGAGAGUGCAGGAGGGACCAGCGUCGGCUUGCACAUGGUGUCACCGGGCAGUUCAGGGCUCUUCCGUGGCGCCAUCUUGGAGAGUGGUGAUGCUACUGCUCCUUGGGCAACUACGCCAGCCAGUGCAGCACGCAGGGCAGCCUUUGUUCUCGGAAAGCUGGUCGGCUGUGAACGACAGACGUCGGAAGAGUUACUGGAAUGUCUGCAGCAAAUUGAGGGCUUUGACACGAUUGUCGAAAAGCAACAGGACAAGCUAAUCGCGGCGGAGUUUAGUGGACACCAGUUGAUAUCCUUCACACCAGUUGUCGAUGGCGAUGUGAUCCCUGCUGACCCCAAUGACCUCUACGAGCACGGUGCCAUUAACGACGCCGUAGCAAUCAUCGGGGCUCUUGCUGAUGAGGGUAUGCUCGAGCUUCUCCCUGUUUUCCCAAACAACACGGACGAGGCGCCGUUUGUCGACAGCGAUUCAUUCGAUGCUAACCUUCGAUUCCAGUUAGGUUGGAUGAAAUGCUCUGAGCCGAUUGUGAUAGAGGCUGCCAAGAUGAUGUACGGUAACGCCUCCUGUUCUGGUGUACCAGACUGUGACUAUCUAGACAGCCUCUCACAAGUUCUUGGUGACGUCCUGUAUGUCUGUUCCGGAGACAAAACGGCCAGAGCCUUCACCAAGGCAGGGCGUCAGGUGUACCGCUAUUACAUGACUCACAUCGCCACCACCACCAUCCUGGGUAACAAGUGGACCAAGUCAAUUCACUUCGACGAUCUGAUCUUCGUCUUUGGUCUGCCCCUCAUUCCGUCUGUCAACUGGACGUACACUGAAGAUGAAGCCCGUAUGUCGAUCCAGAUUAUCAAAUACUGGGCCAACCUAGCUAAGACUGGUAAUCCCAACUUGUCCUCUCUGGAUGCUGAGCAGAGGGAGGAGGAGAAGCUGCCAGAAUGGCCGUUGUUCACCCUGGAGGAACUCGCCUACAAAGACCUGUCAAUCUCCAUGAGUAAUGGGCGUGGCAUCAAGGCUAAGGAGUGCCUCAUGUGGAAUGAGUUCAUGCCAAAACUCAUCAAGAUUGUCGAAGAAGCCAAAGAGUGUCAAGAAGUGAAAGAGACCAAAGAUGGCGACGAUGGGGAAGGCACGUGCACCAAAGAAACAUGCCCAGAGGAAUAGAGCACAGUUUGUCAAACGAAACUUGGAACGUGAAACUUUAAGUCACAGCCUAGCAGGUUGUUCAACAAUGACAAUUUUUGUAUCAGUUUUAACUUUAAGUCAAACGAGCUCAUUACGCAUCAAGAGUGAUUGCUAAAAGUGAAGUAUCAAUUCAAAUCGUCAACCGAAAUUAACUGCAAACAGUUGCUUUACUUGUCUUUUUUAGCCGUUGAAGCAGAGAGCAAAAUGUACGCUAACUGUUAAAAAAGUACCUGUUAGAAAGGACACCGCUUAAAUUAAGACGCCUAGGCAUAGUUUAAACCAAUUUAAGUACAAGCUUUCGUCCGUUCAUUUGGAUUUAAGUGAAACCUAUGCAUCACAACAGAGGCAAAUCGUUAUUCGAUAUUCCAAAGUAGAGCUGUAGAUCGCAGCAGUUUAGGAAAUGACAAGAUCGAAGGCCCUUUGUACAUUGUACUGUGAGAUUGGACCCCACGACGUAGCCCUAAAAUACUCGAUUAGUUAAACACCACGUGUAAACAGACCAGCAGUCGAAUCGCGAGACAGUUGUCAUUAUUUUAUACGUCAUUCGUAGAAUGUAUACAACAAAUCUGUUGCGCCGCUGCGAAAUGUGGCGCCACUGCGCAACGUUUCGAUUCAAAUAUAGAUGUUGUGACGGCUAUUUUGUGUAUGCACAGUGACUACGGAACCGCGAAAUAUGUUGCACAUAAGACUACAUAAAUUAUACAGGAAUGAUAUCAUAACAUGGUAGACGGCUCAUGAAAAUGCGCUGGCAUACAAAGAGCCAAACUUGGCCAACUUACAAUUUGGUCGCCAAUUACGCAACUAGCCUUAUUGGCUCUUAUAGAUAACAAAAGCUGUGCUAGUUUCGAAUGCUGUUGUAGUGGUGUAUGACAGUGCAUUUUUACUUUAAUAAGAUUUUGUUUUAAUUGUUAUGUUGCAUAUAAAACACCUUGAGAUAAUUAUAAACUGAAGAAGCCAGUUGAUCUGAAUUAAAAUUGACACAUUUUCACGGUACGUGUUUACAUAGGCCUACAUGUACUUAUAUUCGGCUUAUUUCAUGUUUAUUCAGAAACAUGUUCAACCAUUAUCAUAAUUUCCAGGAUUGUUAUUCCUAGAAUAAAAAUAAUUGAAAAAGA